AAGACCUUGAGACCGAGUGGUCACGAAGAGGGAUUAAUUUAAACUUGACUUGAUGUUUGUUGUGUUGCGAGCUUCCCUAAAUUACUCAUAUAACUGAGUGUAAGUGCAUUUUUAAAAAGGAUGACAUAAUUUGUCACGGGUCUAACCUGUACCUACUUGGUGGGUUUUUCUCUUGUUCGAUAUAUCUGAACAAUUUUUGUCUUAGUCUUAUUGCUGCUGACCUGAGUGACUUAUCAGUCAAUCAUGAAUCACUGCUUUGUUGUGUAACGAUGAGCAACGAGAAGUAUUGGAAUAAUAAUAAAACAACAGCUUUGUUCAAAUUACCGUUUUUGGUAAGGAGAGAAGGCCAAGUCUACAUAAUGGGAACCAGGCUAGCAUUAUAUUCCCAUCAUGAUUGAAAGCAAAGUCCGAAGCUUGGAGUAUAUUUUUGAAUUUCCCCAAAUCACUGACCUAUUUGAUAUUUCUGAUCGACAAGGUCAGGGUACUUUUGCCUCUGUCUUAGCAGUUAAAAAUAAACAAGAUCCUGAUGAUUGCAAAUAUUAUGCUUUGAAAAUGAUUAUCCCAACAGUUGAUGUGCGUAGAAUUGAAAAUGAAAUUCGUAUUUUACGAAGAUUAGGUGGUAAACAUAAUGUCAUUCAAAUGCAUACAGCAAUGCGAAUUCGUGAUCAUGUAUUUAUCUUAAUGCCUUUCAUUGAUUACAUUCCUUUUACAGACUAUUAUCUAACUGCUGAUGAAAAAGAAAUCCGACGAUAUAUGCGUGCACUUUUGUCAGCUUUAGCCCAUGUACAUAAAUAUAAAAUCAUUCAUCGUGAUGUAAAACCUACCAAUUUUCUUAUGGAUCAAAAAACAAAACAAUUUUUUCUUGUAGAUUUUGGAUUGGCUCAUUCUGAAGAGUUCGGUGAUAUUGAUGAAAGAUGGGAGCGUAAAUUUGAAACUACCUCUGAUGCAGAUAUAAAGAAAAAUAAAUUCAUGAAAAGAAUUUCAGAUUUUCCUCGGACAAAUCCUAACAUACAUGACAAUAGUCAACGUGUAAAUAUAACAACAGACAAAGAAAAAUCUUUUACAUAUAAACAAGAUUUUAUAAAUUGUACAAAUCCCCUAUUCAAUUAUAAAUGUAAUAAUUCAUCAAAACUAGAUAAUUUAUCAUCUUAUAAAACUACAUCCAUGAAAUCAACUAAUUUAACACAAACUCUAGGACAAGGUGGAUGUGUUUGUGGUUCACGUCUCACUGUAUGUCGUAAUUGUCGUCAUUUGCCUAGAGCACCAACUGUACGUAGAGGUGGUACACUUGGUUUUAGACCACCGGAAGUAAUGAUGCGUCAUAUUGAACAAACAACUGCUGUUGAUCUAUGGGCUGUCGGGAUUAUAUUCAUUUCAUUUCUAUCUGGUCGUUAUCCUUUUAUUAAAGUUGAUGAUGAUUUAGAUGUUUUACAUGCAUUCACACAUCUUAUUGGUUAUGAACGUAUGCAAAAUGGGGCAAAAAGUAUCGGUAGGAGAUUAUUACUUGAACCAAGACCACCACCAAUGGAAGUGAAUGAUACACCUGUUGGUUGGCUUAAAACAAGAUGUUCUGCAAUUAGACUAUAUGAGAAAAAAUUUGCUGGUCUACCUCCUUUAUUACGUAAAAAAUCAAUGACCAAAUCAACUAACCAAUUAACCAAUGAUCAUUCUAUACAAACAACUGAAUUAUUAUCGAAUAAUACUACUAAUAUGAAUACUACUAAUACUACUAAUACUAAUAAUAAUGAUAAAAAACCAUUGAUUGCUUUAUCCGCCACGCAUAUAUUUCCUACAUCAGCAUAUGAUUUACUAACUCGCCUAUUAGAACCAUGUCCAUAUAAACGAAUCACUGCACACGAUGCUUUACGUCAUCCAUAUUUUUGUAAUGAUGUUAAUAAAACUGCUCGACAUUCUAGUAUUAUGAUACCAUCAAUGAAAUAUUCCACCAAUAGUAAUAGUAGUAGUAGUAGUAAUGGUCAAUCAGAUUUAUCAUUACUACCAAUACAACAUAGAAGAAAUGUAUCACGAUCAAGUUUAUGUGAAACACCGUCGAAUUUUAUACCGAGACCACAAUUUUGUUAAUGAGAGAUUGAGAAACAAGAUUUAUUAUAGCAGAUUAUUUUUGUAUGUGAAUUUAAUCUUGAUAAUUUAUGUGAAGUUUUCUG